AUGCUGACAGGAACUCGAUUGCAGCCCAACUUGAUUGUACAGCGGUCUAAAACUCUUCCAGAGCUUGCUGCAGAAGCCUUGCUGAAACUUGGAAAACUCUCUGCGUAUAAGCAAACACGAUCGCUAGUUACUCUUGAUAUUAUACUUCCACUCUCGCAGUCUUCCUUUGAUAGGCUAAAGCAAUGGGAUCACCCAAUUGGGCGUGCUGCAAAAGCAUUUGAUGAUGCAAUAACAUCUAUGCAAGAAGCAAUUGGGGGGGAGCAAGUACCUGAAAUUUUUGGCAACAAGCUAAAGCUAAGGAUAAUUUGCUACUUGAGAGGAGAACAACGAUACAAAUCUGCUGUGGAUUAUGCGUGUGAGCGACUCCACGGGUCUAAUGAGCAGCAAGCUCUUGAACAAGAAAACGAGAUGCGAGACAAGCUUGUACAGCUUUUUGAGGAUUGCGGAGAUGCGACCAAGACUGAUGAGCAAAACGAUUUACUCCAAGUUUGUGACGAGCUCAGCAGAAAGACAUUGGACCUCGAACAGGCAACAGAAGAACUAAUUGCAUUUCGAAAGCAGCUCCAACAAAAGUUCGGAAAGGCGGCCUCGGUAUGCCCAGAGGUGAGGAUUGGGCUGCAGAAGUGGCUGCAUGGUAUCUGGGAUCUGUGA